GAAUGUAUCUUGUAUAUUAUUGGUUUUCAGGGAGUAUUUCUUCAUCAAACUCUGGAACUGUUAUAGAACACUGUUUUCAAUUGGGCCAUUAGAGAGAAGAGAGGCAUAUAAUAUGCUAUCUUUGUAUUUUUCUUUUUCCUGGUCUAAAGAAGAAUGUGAAGAUGCUGAUAGUGGUACAAUCAUUAAAACUGACAAAUUUGACAUAAGAGUAGAAAAACAGUUUUGGGAUGAAAUAAAGAUUGGGCUGGUUGACAAGGAGAGUUUAGUGAGGAAGCAGAGUUUACAUAUAUUCAAGAUGGCUCUGAAUAUACAAGGAGGAAAGGAUUCCAUCUCUAGCAUUUCAAAAAGGAAUACCAAAGAAAAGCAUUCAUUACCCCAUGGUGUAACAAAGAGGGAAAAAUGGGCUUACAAGGAAGCCAAGUCGCUUGGUGUCGGGAACCUUCCGAUAAUAGAUGAUCUGAUUAAUAACAGCCAGCGGUAUUGGGAUGCAUUUGUGCUUUUAUAUGAGAUGCUUGAAGAAUAUGGCACUCAUUUAGUUGAAGCGGCUUGGAAUCAUCAGGUCUCUUUGUUAUUUCAAUUCUUUGGGUCUUUCUCAAUGUUGGAAGCAGUAUCAGUAAUGUUCAAAAUCAAUUUGAAAUUUAUGGUGAGACUUUUGAUUGGUUAUCUAUUUCAUGGUGAGCCCUUUUCAAAUGAUUUACUAUUAUUCAUAUUUGAAUUUGAAUCUAUGCUAACCAUUUUCUCUUUGAACUACUUAUGGAAUGAUUUAAUUUUGCUUAAAUUAUUAUUUCCUCCAAAUCUGAUGUUUCCUUUGUUGGUCUCCUCCAUCUUAUCCAAAUAUUAUAUUCUACUUAAUGCUGCCCUGAUUGAAUUUACAUUUCAAAGUGCAAAAGGAGUUUAUAUGUCAAGGUUAUUGAAGGUGCAGCCCAGUUUCUGCGCUGUUAUGUUAGUUUUCUAGCUCUAAGGUAUACUUAGAAAUCAUGUUUGUAUGUAGACUGGUAUGUGUGUGUAUAAUAGAAUUCAUAGGAGAAAAAUGUUUUAAAAAAUAGGAGGAUUUGGAAUCCUUUUGAUGUUACCGAGAAACUAUAUCAAGAACAAAAAAGAGCUGGAAUGAAAAAAUACAUUAGUUCAA